GAUAAUGUUCUGUCUCCGAAUGUUAAGCAAAAUCUUUCAAAAAACAAAACAAAAGUCUUCUAAAUAUAGGACAAAAACUGUUUGGUGAUGCAAAUUGAAAAAUCGUUUUGGUAUUUAUUAAUACUAACCCCCUUUGUUAUCUCCAUACUUUCCAUGCAGCCUUGGGUCUUUUCCAAGGUUUUGAUCUAAGCCAUGACUAAACCUCCUCCAUUUUCUCUCACGGCCUUUGGCUGUGUCCUAUUCUUCUUAUCCUCCUCUGUUGUUUUAGCACUCACGGACGCAGAAGCCUCGUUCAUUGCGCAGCGACAGCUCUUGACAUUACCCGAGAACGGCGAUCUUCCUGAUGAUAUUGAGUAUGAGGUCGAUCUCAAGGAGACGUUUGCCAACAAUAGGCUUAAAAGAGCUUAUAUCGCUCUCCAAGCAUGGAAAAAAGCAGUCUAUUCAGACCCGUUUAACACCACCGGAAACUGGCAUGGUCCGCACGUGUGUGGCUACACAGGCGUGUUUUGUGCACCGGCUCUUGAUGAUCCUAGCGUCGCGGUUGUGGCCGGCGUAGAUCUUAAUGGUGCAGAUAUUGCGGGACAUUUACCCGUUGAGCUUGGUUUGAUGACGGAUGUGGCCAUGUUCCAUUUGAAUUCGAACCGGUUUUGUGGUAUCAUACCCAAGAGUCUCGAUAGGUUGAAGUUAAUGUAUGAGUUCGAUGCCAGCAACAACCGUUUCGUAGGACCUUUCCCUUCGGUUGUCCUUUCGUGGCCGGCUGUUAAAUUCAUCGAUCUUAGGUUCAAUGAUUUCGAAGGUCAAGUCCCUCCUCAGCUUUUCAAGAAGGAUCUCGAUGCCAUUUUCUUGAACAACAACAGAUUCACUUCCACCAUUCCUGAGUCUCUUGGAGAAUCCUCUGCUUCCGUCGUGACCUUCGCUCACAACAAAUUCAACGGUUGUGUCCCUAAAAGUAUUGGGAACAUGAAGAAUCUCAACGAAAUCAUAUUCAAGGACAACCGUCUUGGAGGUUGUUUCCCAUCAGAGAUCGGAAAGCUAGCCAAUGUGAACGUUUUUGAUGCUAGCAUGAACUCAUUCACGGGUGUUUUACCGCAGAGCUUUGUUGGGCUUACUGGCGUCGAAGAGAUUGAUAUCUCUGGAAAUAAACUCACUGGGUUUGUGCCGGAGAAUAUCUGCAAGUUGCCUAAGUUGGUUAAUUUGACGUAUGCCUACAAUUAUUUCAAUGGACAAGGUGAUUCAUGUGUCCCAGGUAGUCAGAAGGAGAUUGCAUUGGACGAUACACGUAACUGCUUGCCAGAUAGGCCUAAACAAAGGUCGGCCAAGGAAUGUGCGGUAGUGAUUAGCCGUCCCGUUGAUUGUAGUAAGGACAAGUGUGCUGGUGGCGGUUAUAGCCCCUCUACACCAUCGAAGUCGAAGCAACCAUCACCGGUGCCAUCUCAGCCAGUACAUAACCCACAACCACCUAAAGAGUCUCCAAAACCAAAUGACCCAUCUGACCAGUCUCCUGUGAAGUUCAGGCGUAACCCACCUCCUCCACAGCCGCAUCUUCCGGUGGUUUCUCCUCCGUCUCAUAUUCAGUCUCCACCGCCUCCGGUAUAUUCUCCACCGCCACCACCAAUCCAUUCACCACCACCACCAGUACAUUCUCCUCCGCCACCAGUCCACUCACCACCACCGCCCCCACCAGUCCAUUCACCACCACCGCCGGUUCAUUCUCCACCACCACCGCCGGUUCAUUCUCCACCCCCACCGGUUCAUUCUCCACCACCACCGCCGGUUCAUUCUCCACCCCCACCGGUCUAUUCUCCACCACCACCUGUCCAUUCACCACCACCCCCAACACCAGUGUAUUCACCACCAUCACCGGUUCAGAAACCACAAGCUCCGAAAGAGUCACCACAACCAAAUGAUCCAUAUGAUCAGUCUCCAGUGAAGUUCAGACGCAGCCCGCCUCCGCCACAUCAAUCACAUCCCCCAACGGUUUCUCCUCCACUUUCAGUCCACUCACCACCAGCACCUGUCCAUUCACCACCAACAGUGUAUUCAUCUCCACAACCUCCAAAAGAGUCCCCACAACCAAAUGAUCCAUAUGAUCAAUCUCCAGUGAAGUUCCGACGCAGCCCACCUCCGCCACAUCAAUCACAUCCCCCAACGGUUUCUCCUCCAGUUCCAGUUCAUUCUCCUCCACCCCCAGUCCACUCACCACCACCACCAAUUCAUUCUCCUCCACCCCCAGUCCACUCACCACCACCACCGGUACAUUCUCCUCCACCACCAGUCCAUUCACCACCACCACCGGUAUAUUCUCCUCCACCACCACCGGUACAUUCUCCUCCACCACCAGUCCAUUCACCUCCACCACCCGUUUAUUCUCCACCACCGCCACCACCAGUCCAUUCACCACCGCCACCGGUACAUUCUCCACCGCCACCAGUCCACUCUCCUCCACCACCAGUCCAUUCACCUCCACCACCAGUCCAUUCUCCACCACCACCGGUAUAUUCUCCCCCGCCGCCUGUCCACUCUCCUCCACCACCGGUUCCCUCCCCACAGCCACAGUCGCCAACCCCAAUUCAAUCUCCACCACAAACACCGGUCAACUCUCCUCCCCCAGGAACACCGACACAGACCACAGAGGCACCACCUCCAAGUGAUGAAUUCAUCAUACCACCAUUCGUUGGUCACCAAUAUGCAUCGCCACCACCUCCAAUGUUUCCGGGCUAUUAAUAUUAGAGAGAUUUAAUUCUAUAUUAUGAAUCGCGUUGUGAGAGAGAAAAAAAAAGA